CAAACAUCAAUUAUAUUUACAUAAUCAGAAAGACUCAGGCUGGAGAGCAAACGUCUUCAGAAGUCUACAGUACAUUCAGGAUAAGGACAUUUGCACGCUGGCAUUGAAUCUAGAGUAGGCUACGAUCAGUACUCGUCCUUGUACCAUUAUAUUUAGGGAUUAAUCUCUUCUAUUUCACGAAGACUUUUGACGUUAGAUCAGCCGGCGAAAUGAAGACGACGGAGGGCGCUUGUUGUUUGUUUAUCGGUCCACUGCAAAAGCAAGUUUAUUUGAUCAUUAGUUUGCCUAUCUUUUUCACUGCAUUUACAUUUUUCGUCGACGUGUUUACGCAACACGUGAAGUAUUGUGGCGAGGAUGUAAAGAGCAAGUCUUUAAACCACAGUGUUUCGGACACUAACCUUUCCAGCAUCACAUUCACAACAAGGUGGACGGACAAUUACAGUGACCCCGACAGUGGUCCCACGUGUCCAGAAGAAAACCAGUUUGCACAUGGGCAAGCAACAUACAUGACGGGGUUACUUAUUGGUUCCUUAUUCGGUGGCACUCUAUCUGACAAGUAUGGAAAGAGAUCCCUCCUCAUAUGCUGCUCAGUGAUCCACGCAGUCACUACUCUGAUAGUGGCAUUUCUGCCAUAUGUGCCCAUGUACCUGACUGCCCGUUGCAUCAGUGGUGUAGCCUGUUGUACCAUUCACAUGUGCACCUAUAGUUUAGGGGUGGAAUGGAGCCAGCCAAAGUACCGUAUCUGGCCACCCACCCUGCUCUCUUUCAUCUUUAGUCUGGGAAUGAUGGGACUGGCCAGUGUGGCUUAUAUGACCAAUGGCUGGAUGCAGUUUCAUCUAGCGUUGGGCAUCCCUCAGAUUCUCUUUCUACCUCUUUAUUUCUUUCUUCCAGAGUCUCCUAGAUGGCUACUGCUAAAUAAGAGGAUGAAAACUCUAGAGGGGUAUAAAAACCGAAGUCCUGAGGACAAGCACUACCUGGAUAUACUUUUGGACUCAAUGGACAAUGAGAAUCUCAAAUCAGAGAAGAUCUACACUGGAACAGAGUCCGUUUUCACCAACUUUACCUCACCUACCAUACUGCUGCGUCUGUUUGUCAUGAGUUACAUUGGUUUUGCUUCUGCUCUCACUUAUUAUGGGAUCUGCUUUAGUGUGGGAAGUUUCGGAGUAAAUAUCUAUUUGGCACAGUUUUUCUCUGGACUAUCAGAGUCUCCCUCUCUGCUGCUUCCAUUUCUGCUGACGCGAUGGGGCCGCAGGCCUUUCAGCAUGGGAUCUCUGUUCCUCAGUGGCAUUUCCUGUAUGCUUUCCCUCCUCGUCUCCAAGUUCUGUGACAUGCCGGUCCUUGUAAUGACACUGGCACUGAUGGGCAAGCUGUGUAUGCAGUCUACAACCUGCGUCUCUCUGCUCUAUGGAAUUGAGCUGUUCCCAACAGUAAUAAGGCAGAAGUGUGUUGGCCUGGUUAGCCUUUGUUACCGAGUGGCCUGUAUUAUAAAUGCGGUGGUGGUCCCUGAAGGUGGGAUUCCUCUACCAGCUAUGAUCUGUUACAGCAGUGGUCCAAUCAUUGGUGCAGCUCUGUGCCUGCUCCUCCCAGAGACCAGCAGCAUCCCUUUACCAGACACAGUGCAGGACUGUGAGCGACAGCCCAGACUCAAGUUCUCACGCUGUGCACGAUGGCCCUUAAAUCCUACACAAGAGCCGGAUGAUGCUUUUACCAAUGGGAAGGACACAAGGAAUCAAAUGGAGUUCAGCCCCCUUUCAGCAUAGUCAGCAAGAAUAGACUGUUGUGCGAUCAGAAUCGGAAUUUCUUUCAUAUUAUUUCUUUUCAUGUGACUUUUUAUUUGUUAAAAAAGUAAAAGUUAGGAUCUUUGCUUAAAAAAGACUCUUUUUCUACUGUACAAUGGUGCCUUAAGAUAUGUCAUAGCCAAUUAGCUUUGCUCCUGGAGGAUGAUACUGGAACAUCUGCCAAAAAUGCAUGUUAUACGGGAGUCAUUCACCAAAUUUCCUUUUAGAGGAUUUCAUGGUACUCUUGGGCACAGAAGAAAGCACACAUUUUUUUGUAUUUUCUUUAUCAGCUUUUAAUAUGUAACCUAUAUUUUGUUAAGCUUUACUGAAACACGUAUACAGUAAUAUUGAUUUCCUAACAUUUUCUGCUAAGCUCUUGAGUUUUCCAAAGUAAAAUUUUGAUCUUCACAAAAACAGUUGGGGGCAAAGUCUUGCAGGUCUUACUGUGAAAUAGAUAUCAGGUUAAAUCAUUGUUUUGAUCUGCUCAAAUGGAUGCUGUGCAACCAUUAUGCUCCUGUAAAAUUACAGUGUAUGUGUAGAGAUUCCUUUUUGACCUGAUACCCUUUAACUGUCACAGAAAUAUUAUAUAUCAGUCAUUCUAAGAGAAACAAAAUUAUUUUUAUAUAAAGUGAUUUUUAUACAGUCUUAUGGUAGAUGCCAUAAUACAGUACAUUUAUAAUAUUUUUGUUAUAGUAAACACUUUUACUUAUGGAUAUGCUAUCUCAGCUGUUAAGUUAGUUACUGUAAUGGUUAUUUUAAUAAAAGGGAUGAGAUUUUGAUUGAUGAUUUAGCCAGGGUGUUCAAUGACAAUAAUGCCCUCAACAAAGGCUUUCAAAACACUAAUACACACUGAAAAAAAAAAAGACAACCUCUGUGAAAGACCCAUAUGCUUUGGGCACCUGAACCAGAAGUUUUGAAGAUAAGAAAGAAAAAGGUAGAGAGUGAGCCUUUAAGUAUGCUAACUCAAGCUCCAGAGUGAACAAAUUGAAGGUACCUCUGAAUUUAACAAAUGCUAGCCCAAUGUACUGUAGAUUUGCAUUUUACACCAUUAGGAAGAUAAGACCCUUCCUCUAUAAACAUGCUACACAACUCCUUGUUCAGUCUUUUGUCAACUCUAUACUGGAUUACUGCAAUGCUCUUCCAGCAUGUGCAAUCAGGCCUCAGCAAAUUAUCCAGAAUGUAGUAGCACAGAUGGUCUUCAACGAACCCAAGAAAGCACAUGUUACACCCACUCCAUGUCCCGCUACACUGGCUGCACGUAUCAAGUUCAAGGCUCUAAAGCUGGCAUACAGAAGUCACUGGGUCUGUUCCACCUUACAAAAAAUAAUUCCUGCAGAGCUAUUGUACGUUACCAAAAGGCUAAAGACACAACAUUUUUCGAGAACACAACCCUACCCUCUGAAAAAAAAUCUAUAAUUAUUGGUUGCACUUUAAUCUCUGCCUUGGGUCAAAUUUUUUAUUGCAGUACUUUACAUGUUACUGUUUGACCCAUAUACAGUAUGUUGU